AUGUCACGCGAUGUCACGACGGUGCCCGAGCUAUGGCAAGAAUGGACGAUCGGCCUUAACGGCGGUCCCAAAGUGCGCGAGCUCGAAGAGAAGUUUGGAACCAGGUGGCGCAGUAGCAGCGCUGAGCGCAAAUUCUUCUGUCUACGGAAAGUGAUUCUUGACUAUAUCCAUCGGAUUGGCGAGAUGCAAGGGAUAUCGUUGGAGGAGGCGGUGUUGCAGGUUGAAGCGAUACGGAAGCAGCACGGGUUUAACUCUCUUCAGAGGCUUUCUGAUUUCUUAAAGAAGCAGCGGGUAAAAUAG